AUGCGUUUAGCAUUAUAAGGUGGUUUUUUUGAAUGCUCAUUGAUUACUUGUAAUUAAAACUAAAUUUCCAGCCAAGUUAUCAAACCAAUAAAUAGUGUCAAUUUAAAUUAUUUCAUUUUUAACCUAACUAAGAAUGCUACUCAAAAGAUUUGCGUGAGUAAAAUUCCAGGAUACUCAUUUGCAUUAAAAGCUCCUUUAUAAAAUUAAUGUGAGAGCUAUGAAAAGUAUUGUGAUUUUCAUACUACAAAUAAAGAUACAUUUGAUUUAGAUUAAGGGUAUUGCAUUCCGAAAGAUAAAGAAUGUUAAAUUUAGGGAGUCAAUCUUGGAAGUUAUACUCAAACAGUUGUUGAUUAGCUCCCUAUAGUUGAUAUCAGCAUAUCUACCAAAUAAAAAAUAGAUGCAUAUAAUGUAAAUGUUUAUGACACAAUAAACGCAAAAACCUUACUGAAGAUGAAUAAUAUAACAUAUGAUUCUCGCUAUCAAUAUUUUCUUAAUGAAGAAUAUUAAAUUAAUAUUAUCCAUAUGCCAAGAGUUAAGCUUAGAUGUAGAUAAGAACUAUAGUAGAAUCUUAGAAAUUACAUGGGAGUAGAGAGUGCCUAUUAAAUCAGCUUAGCUCUUCUUAUUCUUUCAGCUCUUUCAUGUGCAAUCAACUUUUUGUAUACUGGAUUGGGAGAUUUACAUGAAAUGACUAUGUGCCAAUCUAGUUGUUAAAAAUAUUGUGAAUUAAAAAGAGUAUAAAUAAAAAAUUCUCCUUUUAAGAAUUCUAUGAUUAUUUUUAAACCUGUUUUGCUUAUAAUUAUAAUUAUUUUAAAUUGUGUUAUGAUUCCUUGUUAUGUAAAUAUGGUAGACUAUAUGAUUUAUAUGAUUAAUGAUUUAUGUCUUGAUUAGUUUAACUUAUACAGCUUUAAUGUUUGCAGGAAUAUAAUUACUGUUUGA